GGUGCUGAUUGGCUGUGAGUGUGAGGAAGCGGUGGUUUAAACCGGGGGGCGGGAGUGAGUUCAGUUUGAAUCCGGAGGAACAGCCGCUCCGCUCGGACCGCAAACACACCGACACACGCAGUAACCGGUAUCAUGGCCUCCCAGAACCUGGACCCCGCAGCGGCAGCAGCUUCCUCCACAGCCGCUCUGAAGGGCAGUGAGAGCGGCGGCAGCGCGGCCAGAGGCUCCGUGUCCAAACGGUUACAGCAGGAGCUCAUGACUCUGAUGAUGUCAGGUGACAAGGGGAUCUCAGCGUUUCCGGAAUCAGAUAAUCUCUUCAAAUGGAUCGGGACCAUCGAUGGUGCUCAGGGGACGGUGUAUGACGGGCUCAGGUACAGGCUGUCUCUGGAGUUUCCGGCUGGUUAUCCAUAUCAGGCUCCUCACGUGAAAUUUGUCACUCCGUGUUUUCAUCCCAACGUGGACGAACAAGGUUUCAUCUGUCUCGACAUCCUGAAGGACAAAUGGUCGGCGCUGUACGAUGUCCGCUCCAUCCUGCUGUCCAUCCAGAGCCUGCUGGGAGAACCGAACAACGAGAGUCCUCUGAACACAGCUGCUGCUAAACUCUGGGACGAUCAGGAAGGUGAGAAACUGCUGAUGCCUUCACGGACAUCACCUUUACAUGUUUAUGUUCAAGACCAACUGGUAUUUUUCAUCUUUUAAUGAAGUGUAGCGACGCAGCUGCAGGGCAGCGUAAAGGGGCAGCAGGGUGUGCAGGGGCUUAUGGGAGUUAUAGUUCUAAUAGCUGUUUUGUCUCUUUCAGCCUUUAAAGCUCAUCUACACUCGACCUUCCAGAAGUAAAGCAUCUCUGCGUUUUCUUCUUCUGAUUGUUUGUCUUCUGUGUUUGUAUAAUAUUUUUAUGUUUGUUCACCUCGCUGUAUCAAUAAAGUUCUUAAUUCAA